CGUCACCCCAGCGCAGGCGUCUCGGGACGCGCGAAAUUUCCAAACCGGUGGCGGGACGCGAGCCCAGCAACCACGGGAGACCUGGAAGGGAACAUUCUGGAAGGCACUGACAAGCCAGUGGUUAAUUGGUGUGAAAAACACCCCUACUUGUGGUUUAAAGGGUUGAAACUCAGGCAGGAUCUCUCUUUUUCCAAUCUCAUGGUGGAAACCUGAGGCCCAGUCCAGUCAAAUUAUACUUCCAGAGAAACCAAAUUUACAGGGAGAGGGGAUGGCCCAACAUACUGCUGUCCCUAAAUUGAGCUUUCAGUAUUGGCUGGAUAAGGCUGUUGAGUGGGGUCAAACCACCACUUUGGAAUCCCAGCAAGAUGUCUGCCUUCAGUUGCCUAAAUUACAGGAGUUUCUACAGCAGAUUUAUGAAUCCUUGAAACAUAUGAAUUCCACUACUGCACUUCAGAGGUUCCCUUUAAUUGGUCAAUUACUAGGAAGACUUUGUUGGAAUCCCUUUGUUGUUGGAUAUGAUGAGAGCCAGAAAACUCUAAUGUGGUGCUUAUGUUGUCUGUACAGCAAUGAACCACAGAAUCCUGUGGAAUUGAAGGCUAACAGCUGGAUACUGAGUUUGCUGUGCCAUCUCCUUUCUUCGUCUGAAUGGGGAGCUAACAAAGUUGGUACUGGUACCUUUAUUUCUGCUCUUGGCUACACGUCUGCAGAUUACUAUUCUAAACUGGUUAAAAAUAUAGUCUUAUCAUUAGUGACAGAACUCAAAGGAAAUCAGUUUAAUGGACUUAACGUUCAAGGGAGAGUUUCAGAUGAUCAUGUAAAUAUAGUGUCCCUUUUCUGCGUCCCUCUUAUCACUUUGCCUGAUGUAACUCCUCUACUGGAAGCGCUCCUUACCUAUCAUGGAGGUGGAUCGCAGGAGGUUCUCAGCUCAGAGUUUUUAGAAGCUGUGAAUGAGACAUUUUUAAAGAAGAAGAUUGCCCUCUCUGAAUCAGCUGUCCUAAGCUUGUGGCUUCGUCAUCUGCCUAGCCUUGAAAAAGCAACACUGCACCUUUUUGGAAGGUUGAUUUCCACUCAGACAAGUUCACUGGAAGAGGUAGCAUGUAUCAUAAGAGAGUCAUUACUGCCACAAGCAGCAUGCCACCCUCCCAUCUUCAGAAUUGUUGAUGAAAUUUUCAAGAAUGCACUAAUGGAAACCGGUGGAACGCCAGAAGUAAUGACCAUAAUACAGGUGUUUACACAGUGUUUUAUUCAAGCUCACCAGAAGGAUAACAAGCAGCAUAAAUUUCCUCUGAAGGCCUACUUUUCUCCUCAUCAUCAGCAUCUUGUAAUAGCCUUACUCAAACAUCCUUUUGAUUUGCCAGCUACACUCUGGUCUCAGCACCUGAAAUACAUUACUGACAUGCUUAAAGCAAUAAUAGAAGAUAAAAGCGUUAGAUCUUACACUGACCUCUUUGAGAGCUGGUUUUUGUUUGUUCAUUUUGGAGAAUGGGCUGAUAUCGCUGUAGAGCAGUUGCUGAAGUCUGAAGAUGAAUCCUCAGAUACUUUUCUGUGGCUGCUGGCAUUUUACUACAAUCCACACAGUGAUAAAGAGCAGAGGACUCAAAUUCUGGUAGAAGCUCGAGCAGUGUAUGAUCGUCUGAUGAUGCUCUUUAGCUGUACAACCCUCUCCGUCACAGAUCUGCAGGCUGCAGCUAGCACUAAAACAGAUAAAAGGCAACCUUGCACCAAACACCUUGUCAGGCAUCUUCUGAUUAGUUUUCUGCUCUUUUCUUCUGGUGGACACAAGAUUGCCCAAGAGUUUAUUUCUCAUGUGAUACUGGCAAGCAAUACAACUAAUGAAGUUUUUGGCCUUCUUAUACGUACUGCCUACAGAUUUAACCAACUUGGAUUAAAAAACCAAAGGGUUGUGAAGCUGGUGAAUGAACUUCUUCAAGAACUAAGGUUUAUGGAUUAAUUUUGUAUUGUUGUCCAGAUCAACCCAGUGACUAGACCAGCUGAUCAGAUCUUUUCUACGGUAAAGUGUGAAAGGGAACUCAGGUUUUUUUUAUUUACAUUCCCCCUUCCCCAUGUAUGAAAAUAGAAAAUGUUUGGAAAUGUCAUUCUGUUAGAAUAUAGCAGUAAUCUUUUACAUUGGUUGAAAAUGUUGUUUGUAAUGGUUUAUUUUACAAGCCACGUGUGUCAUCUAAAUGCUGUUUAUUCAUAGCCUCAUUGUUGCCAACAUUAUGUCCUAGUUGUGGUCUAGAUUUUCUGUAAAUUCUUAGUCCAGGAAGUGCAGCUGUUAGAGGUGGAAACAAAAGCUAUAAUAAUAGGAAGAGGCCUUUCCUUCUGUAAAAUAAUUACUGAUAAAUCAAAACUACUGUUUGAAUGUUACAAGGGAGAGAUAAAGUUCAGAAAAAUUAUGUUAUUUACGAGUUGAUUAUUUCCAGCUUUUGGGGAGUAAUUUAACAAUUUGAGCCUGAAAUUCUGCUUCGGUGAGUCUAAGCCUGAUCACAGACAAGUGAUCCUUAAUGGUUCCUUCUGAAUAUGUGCUUCCAUAAAAUACAGUUUCAUGAAACUGAAAGACCAAUCAACUCCUUAAGUUCUUAUAAGUGAUUUUACAAAAUGAAACUCAUCUCAGAUUUACUAUAUGGCAUUCCACAGAAAGUGUGUUCUUCCAAGGUAAUAUUCUCUGUAGUUUGUACCACAGGACUUUUAGCAAUGUCAAGAAUAUCACAGAGAGGAUUUGGUGAAGAUUGUAAAUGGAUCUCGCUUUAAUGCUGGAGAGUCUGUGUAUCAGGAAGAAAUUCUUUACCCCAUAUUAGUUAAAGGAGGACAAGCACAAGACAGGGUUAUGGGAAGUUGUUUCAAAUUUAAAGGGAAAAUUUUCAGAGGACCACAUAAUGGGUGCACCAGCAAAUCCCCACAUUUCUGUAUACAGACAGGUACACAAUGACAGGUACACAGGUUCAAUCUGGAUUAUAUAUAUAAACUUUAAAAACAAAUCUAAAAGAGGUGUGUUACUUCACUUUCUAGAUUCAGAAUUACUUGGUCCAUACUAAGAGUAUUAUAUUCAUCGGUUUUCUAUGGUUGCUGGAGGUGAACUGCUAGCAGGUGAAACACCACAUUUCACAGUUCUGUCACUGCAAUAUAUAAAAAUCUAAAAUAAUUCCACAUUGCUUUUUAAAGGAACCUAUAAUAUCCUGUCAAAUAAUAGUAGGUUGACUCAGGUAGGUAUGUAAUCUGCAGUAAAGGCUCAGGGAAAGAAUAGAAAGCAGUGAGAAAUCAUUCCCAUUCUCAAAUAUUGGUUUCUUAAAAAGGGUUACAUGGUUAAACAUUACAAAAAAGGUUUACUGUUUUUUAAGAUGCUUUUAACCCUCGUAUUGGACUGAGUACCACCCAACUAUUUCCAUAUUGGGGUCUUGGGGACUCUUACUAUGUCAAAAUUGGAAAAAAAACAGAUGAAUCCUUUAAAUCUGGCUUUAUUGUAACCAGUGAACUAUAAAACAAUGAACAAGUUAAAACUUUUCUAGAUUCAGAAGUACACUGUCCUGAAUUGUGUUGGGGGUCUAACUGACCUCAUGUUUAGACAAUGAAAAUAGUUAGAGACAGAAACAAUAUAAAAGGCACAAAAGGAGAACACAGGCGGGAAAUAUCCUACUACUUUGAAUGAAUGGAGCAAGUAGGUGACAUAGUUCAGAACAUACAAAGUUUUUAGACGUAGCACAUUUUUUAUGUAUUUUUCCAGAACAGAUGUAACAUCUUCCCCAUUUUUCAGGCUUUGGAUCAGUACCCAGCAAACUAGACACUGCUUCCCUAGCACUGUGAGGCAAGACUGCACCAGUAGUUUCACUAUUUCUGUGCGCAGGUCCCUGAGAAACAUCCAUCUCUUACGCAAAGAUUUAUUAUACCAUUUGUGGUUCAACAAAAUCCAAACAAUAUAUGCAUUCAGACAUGCAAUGUGCAUGUUCAGUACCAGUCUUUGUCCCAGUAACAGCGAGUCUUUGCCAUAGCUACAGCAUCUGUCAAAUGUGGACUGCCAGAAAAUGUAUCUGACAAUUGUGGCUUCCCCAGAAACUCUUCCUAACAAGAGUAAGCAUCCCAGAAAAUCAGUUUGACAGUGUUAUCUUAAAACCCCCCCCCGACUUUGCUGGACAAUUGUGAUGAUACAUAAGGCAAAUGUUAUCUGGGGUCUCACAGACCCCCAAGACUAUGUUGGUGCAUUUUAUUUGAAAAGCAAAAACUGCCGAAACUAUGAUGCUGCGAAUAAGGCUGCAUGUUUGUCACGGAGAUCACGGUUUCCAUGACUUUCUAUGACCUCUGUGGUGACUUGUGCAGUAGCCGGUGCUGGCUCAGGGGCUGCCAGAAUUGGGCAGUAGCAGCAGUUUGGGUGUGUGGGAGGGGGCUCAGGGCUGGAGCAGGGGGUUGGGGUACCCUUACCGGGGUGGGGGAGUGUUUCCGUGCCUCUCUCCCCCGCCCCCAACACCAGUAGUGCCCCUGGCUGGCCUCCCCAGAGCUCUUGCGGUCUCCCGGCCCAGGUUUUAGUGAGGGGUGUAUAGUAACAGUCAUGGACAGGUCACGGGCUGUUAAUUUUUGUUUACUGUCCAUAACCUGUCCAUGACUUUUAAAAAAAAAAAUACGGUGACUAAACCAUAGCCUUAAUUACGAACAAUGCUGAAAGAGUCAUAUAAUCAUAUCAUAACUGCUUCCUCAGAAUAAAAACAAUCCAUCUGCAUAAUAGAUUUGGGGUCUAACUGGCCCCAAUAAUUUUUGAGUAACCUAUUUUGCUACACUAAA